AUGUUGGAAGUCUUGAAGAAUGCAGUCACGCAGCAACCCCCAGCCACAAUUUUUGAGUUAGAGCAGAGUUGGAGAAAUAUUGUGGCUAAUUCUUCUGAAUUGCCAAAAGAGGUACAGAGUCAGCAAGAAGUGAUCUGGGAACUUUUAUAUACAGAAUCUGCCUACAUCGAAUCUCUAAAAGUAAUUACAAAUUUAUUUAUGUGUUGUUUGCGGAAUGUGCAGGAUAAACUUCCCACAAUUAUGAAAGAGAUUGAAUGUGAAAAACUAUUCAGUAACAUUGUAGAUGUUAUCAAUGCCAACAGUAUUUUCUGGAAGAAUUAUCUUUCUCGGAUGCUGCAGGUGUCAAGAGAGACCAAACAACCUUUGGAUCCUUCAUUAAUGAAGGAAGGAUUUAAAAAGUUCCCAGAGUUAUUCUAUCCUUAUCAGAGAUUCUGUGCUGAGCAAUUGGUGUGCCAAAAUUACAUAAAAGAGAAACUCAAGAGUAAUGAAUACUUCAAGAAUUUUGUCACGUGGGCGGAAGGUAAUACUAACCUUUGCCGAAGGUUGCGGCUUAUUGAUAUAAUUAUCACACCAAUGCAAAGGCUGACACGAUAUGCAUUACUAUUGCGACGUAUCAAGGAAAAGUCUACAAUAGAAGAACAGAAAAAUGAUCUCCAGGAAAUGAUUCAAACAGUGGAUGCCUUUGUUAGUUAUGUAAACCUUGUUGUGGGACAAAGACGAGAACAUGAAAAGUUGUCAGCAAUGGCAUCUCGGAUUGACUCCUAUGAAGCAGUUGAAGCACCAAAUGAUGAGUGUGUCAAGUAUUUACAACAUUACAAUGCAAAAUUUAAUCUGAUGUCCCCAAUGCCUGGCUGUGGACCCGAACAAAAUCGUAUCAUGAUGCAUCAUGCAAACCUCAAGUACAAGGAUGCCACAACCAGGCUGGAUGUCGAAUGUUACAUUUUCACUGAUCUCUUCCUCAUAUGUAAGAGCAAAAAGGUCAAUGAACGCCUGAAAGUUCUGAAACCUCCAAUCAGAAUCAAUUACGUUUCAGUUAAAGAACUGAAAGACAAAGGUUCUAUCUUAGUCAUCCAACUUAAUGAAUACAACACUCCACAGAUGGCUUUUACGCUGCAAGCAGAAUCUUCUGUAAUUAAAGCAUGGCUUGAAAAAUAUUACCAAGCAAAACAAAUGUACACUGUAGCCUUGCAUGCUGCUUCAAUUCAUCGGCAGCAACUCAAUGUUGAAAACGAAGAGUCAGAUGGCAUGAUUGAGACAGUUCCAAAGAACUCUCAGAUGAAUUUCCCCUUACUACAUGGACGAGCCGAAAAAACAAUGGACCCUUGUCUCUCUCCAAAACUAAGUAAUAAGGACCGUCCAGCUGCUCUUGCACCCCUUCAAAAGCAAAGACAACGGGACAAUAUCCCCGAACAAUCAGUCAGUCCAAUGAUUGUUUGUCAGAGUCCAUCUCCUGAACACCAGUCUUUGUCUCUACUGAAUACUGAAAUGAAAACCAGUCACUCGGUCUGUUCCAAUCUGACAUGGAACAAUGGUGCCAUAAGUGAGGAGUUGAAAAGUAAAGUUGAUCGGAAUCGAAAGACUGAAAAACGGUAUUUCACUGCAGACUCAAUUCAAGAACUCAAACGGCAAGAACCUGGAGAUAAUUCAAUUCACAAACGGUUCUCUUGGAAUCUGGGAUCAGCAAAAAAUGACAGCAAACAAAUCCUCUCCAAACACAUGAGCUCAGACAGUAUACCCAGCUCAAGUGGGGUCAGCUCAACUGGCUCGUCUCACUUGGGUCCUGACCAUGAAAGCAACGAAAAUGAAGAGACACCAGAGGCAGAAACAACAACAACAUUAGAAACAAGAGCUUCUAAUAAUUCACUGAGUUUGAACACUGAUAGCCGAAGUAAGUCUAUGUCGGACAUUGCUCUUUUGUUGCAAGAUGUUACACCGAGUGAAAUGAAAGAUGGUAUUUCCUCAGUAGAUCUGCCAGAUAAAAUAAACUAUUCUGGAUUAACAGCUGCUCAAAUCUUAAAUAUCAAGAAAUAUCUUUUGUUGAAUACAACCAAUGAAUCAGAAGUAUGA